AUGAUGCAUAACUCAAGCGACGAUUCGGAGUGGGAAGUGAGACCCGGUGGUAUGCUCGUUCAACGAAGAGACGACGCUGCUUCCUCUGACCAACCUCUCCAGGAUCCCGAUUCUGCUUCCGCCGUUUUUGCUCAGACCAUCAGGAUUACUGUUUCCCAUGGCUCUUCCCAGCACGAUCUUCAUGUUUCUGCUCACGCCACUUUCGGGGAUUUGAAGAAAGCCCUUGUUCAGAAAACUGGUUUGGAGGCUAGUGAGCUGAAGAUCUUGUUCAGGGGAGCUGAGAAAGAUGAUGCUGAGCAGUUGCAAGCUGCUGGUGUGAAGGAUGCGUCUAAGGUUGUUCUCGUGGAGGAGCCUAAGAAGAAAGAGGAACAAGUUGAGCAGCCUCCAGUGAUGACCGAGGAGAUGGUAAAGGCUAUUUCUGCUAUUUCCGCAGUCAUGGGAGAGGUCGAUAAGCUCUCGGAUAACGUUGUUGCUUUGGAAGUUGCUGUGAAUGGAGGGACGAAAGUGAAAGUGGAGGAGUUUGACAUGACUGCAGAGUUUCUCAUGAGGCAGUUGCUCAAAUUGGAUGGUAUCGAGGCAGAAGGGGACGCUAGAGUACUGCGUAAGGCAGAGGUACGUAGGAUUCAAAAGUUGCAGGAGGCUGUGGAUACGUUGAAGGCAAGGUGUUCGAAUCCGUUUGUGGAUCAGAGCAAAGCAGCAGCUGUGAGCACUGAGUGGGAAUCGUUUGGGAAUGGUGUGGGAAGCUUGAACCCUCCUCCGCCAGCUUCGCCAUCUGCCAAUGUGACUCAAGACUGGGAGAAAUUUGACUGA